GUGUACAUGCAGAGAGAGCACCAUAUAUAUAAAAUAAAGAAAUCUUAAAAAAAAUUGUGUAGGUGCAACCAAGCUGUCACCCAUGGGCAUGGUCAUGUGUGUAUAUCUGCACCUGUACCAGUGUGCAUGGCAUGUGCAUGUUUCUGUGCAUGUGGGAGUGUGCAUGUGUGUGCGCAUGUGUUUCUGCCGAUAGCCUUUCUUUCUGUAGACCUCUGGUUUUGUGACUAGCCUCUGAUCUACUAUCUCUGUUGUGUCAUCCCUCUUUUCACGCAUCCUCUGUAGCAGAGCUUCCUAGGAUUAUAUCCUUCCCUCUUGUGGUUUUGGUGCUUACUCCCAGUUCAUGUGGUCGUCUCCACCAGACCUCUUCAGGGCUCCAGAGUUGUGUGGCCUGAGUACUUGUGAGACAGGGCUGCCUGCAACAUCCCUCUAUUCUUUUCUCUAGGCUUCUGCCUGGGUACCAGAGUGUGUCUGCAGAGAAACCUUUUUCUUCACCUCCUUUUUUCUCCUUUCCACCCUAUAGGGUCUGCAAGCAUAGACAAUUCCUGUGACACUUUCUUACUGUCUCCAGAGCUGCUUCUACAUCUUUGUUUUGGAGAACUGUCCCAACACCUGGUGCAAUCACCUAUACCUGGUAUAGCUGUGAGUCUUCUCUAUAAGGAGAGUUGCUUCCCUCUUGGUAGCUCACUAUCCUCAGCCUAGAGCUAGGCUCCUGGUGGCACCCUGGACCCUUUCUGCCUUGACUCUAGCUUUUUCCUGUAUUGCCCUGCCUACCCCCAAUAUUAGCAGGCUCCCUUCCCAACAGACACCCUCUCUCUAUGGGAAUGGAUCUAUGCUGCCACUCCUGGUGAUCUCAGCACGCUGCAUCACUGUCCUGUCCACGUGCCACGUUGUGGGCCCAGGAGAGGGGGUCCAUGGGUAGCAGAGUGCCUGGCCAUAUCUCUGAGGUCCCUAGUGCCACAGAGUUGAGCUGAGGGUCUCGCUCACCCUCUGACCCAGCCCUUGAAGGUGAGUGGAUUGAUAGCCUGAAGGAGGCCAUGCACUCUGUGUGUUCCUGAAAUGGUGACUCCUGCUGCAUGCUUGCUUAUCCACUAAGCUGAAUUAAUGGGUGUGCUGUGGGAAAGUUUAGCUUUUUAUUUUUAGUCUUAAUCCUUUUUGAGCUCUAAGACUAUUUUUGUGCCUCUGAAAUAGGGAUUAAAGUAAAUAGUUGAUAAAAUAUUUAAUUUAGGGCUUAAAAUUUAGAUUCUGAAGAAAACUAAUGAGAUUUUUUCCCCUGAUGUCUAAAAGGCUUUCUUAAAGCAGUUGUCUUAGCCCUUUACUAUAGCAUAGAUAACAUUUGACUUUUAACUUGGUACCAGAGAAGUGGAAGGUUUCUGUCAUUUUGUGAUGAUAUUUUUAAAUUUCUUUGCAGGUGGAAGAAGAAAGGUGCCGCUUUGGCAUGAAGAUAGACUCACUUAGACGCCAAUCUUUUAAGCUGAGUGCAUUGUGAUUUCCAAUAAUUGAGGCAGUGGUUCUAAAAGCUGUCUACAUUAAUGAAAAGAGCAAUGUGGCCAGCUUGACUAAGCCUCCAGUGUGUGCAUCGCGGGCAGGACGCCACCGGGUCUCGACGGACUUGUGCAUGUUAGCAAUAUAGAUUUAUGUAAGGUGGUUUAAAACUCUGGUGUUUUAAAAUAGUUUUAACUGCUCAUAAUAUGGAGACAUAUGAGAGUCCCUCUCCUCUCCCGCGUGAGCCCGCAGGAGAAGCGAUGAUGGAGAACCGAGCUUGCCCCUUCCAAGUGCUGCCCCAUGAACAGUCUCCACCACCUCCCCUGCAAACGUCCAGUGAUGCAGAGGUAAUGGACGUUGGCUCUGGUGGUGAUGGACAGUCCGAACCUCCUGCCGAGGACCCAUUCAACUUCUACGGAGCUUCUCUUCUCUCCAAAGGAUCCUUCUCUAAGGGCCGCCUCCUCAUAGACCCGAACUGUAGUGGCCACAGCCCGCGCACUGCCCGGCACGCACCUGCAGUCCGGAAGUUCUCCCCUGACCUUAAGUUGCUUAAGGAUGUAAAGAUUAGUGUGAGCUUUACUGAGAGCUGUAGGAGUAAAGACAGGAAGGUGCUGUACACAGGAGUAGAACGCAGCACUCGGGCUGAAUGUAGCCUGCUCCUUAGUCCUGUCAGUGGGGACGUGCAUGCUUGUCCCUUUGGCGGGAGUAUUGGUAAUGGGGUAGGCCUAGGGGGUGAGAGUGCAGAUAAGAAGGAUGAGGAAAAUGAGCUGGAUCAGGAAAAGAGAGUGGAGUACGCAGUGCUCGAUGAGUUAGAAGAUUUUACUGACAAUUUGGAGCUAGAUGAAGAAGGAACAGGCGGGUUCACGGCUAAAGCAAUCGUUCAAAGAGACAGAAUGGAUGAAGAGGCCUUGAAUUUCUCCUAUGAGGAUGACUUUGACAAUGAUGUGGAUGCUUUGCUAGAAGAAGGUCUUUGUGCUCCCAAGAAGAGGCGGAUGGAGGAAAAAUAUGGCGUUGACAGUGAUCAUCCAUCUGAUGGAGAGACAAGUGUGCAGCCAAUGAUGACCAAGAUUAAAACAGUGCUCAAGAGUCGUGGCCGUCCACCUACAGAGCCAUUGCCUGACGGAUGGAUCAUGACUUUUCAUAACUCUGGAGUCCCUGUAUACCUGCAUAGAGAGUCUCGAGUGGUCACCUGGUCCAGACCCUAUUUCUUGGGAACAGGAAGCAUACGGAAACACGAUCCUCCUCUAAGCAGUAUCCCUUGUCUGCAUUAUAAGAAAAUGAAGGACAACGAGGAACGGGAGCAAAACUGUGAUCUCACGCCCAGUGGGGAGGUGUCACCUGUCAAGCCCCUGGGUCGAUCUGCAGAGUUAGAUUUCCCUUUGGAAGAGCCUGACUCCAUGGGUGGAGACUCUGGGUCCCUGGAUGAGAAGGACCCAUUGGGGGGUGAGGCAGCCCCUGGAGCCCUGGGACAAGUGAAGGCUAAAGUUGAGGUGUGCAAAGAUGAAUCAGUUGAUCUGGAGGAAUUUCGUACCUACCUGGAGAAGCGUUUUGACUUUGAGCAAGUAACUGUGAAAAAAUUCAGAACUUGGGCUGAGCGGCGUCAGUUUAACCGUGAGAUGAAGCGGAAGCAGGCAGAGUCAGAGAGGCCCAUCCUGCCAGCCAACCAGAAGCUCAUCACUUUAUCUGUGCAAGAUGCACCUACAAAGAAAGAAUUUGUCAUCAAUCCCAAUGGGAAGUCUGAGGUCUGCAUCCUGCACGAGUACAUGCAGCGUGUCCUCAAGGUCCGCCCUGUUUAUAAUUUCUUUGAAUGUGAGAAUCCAAGUGAGCCUUUUGGUGCCUCGGUGACCAUUGAUGGUGUGACUUACGGAUCUGGAACUGCAAGCAGCAAAAAACUUGCGAAGAAUAAAGCUGCCCGAGCCACACUGGAAAUUCUCAUCCCUGACUUUGUUAAACAGACCUCCGAGGAGAAGCCCAAAGACAGUGAGGAACUGGAGUAUUUUAACCACAUCAGUAUUGAGGAUUCACGUGUCUACGAACUGACCAGCAAGGCCGGGCUGUUGUCUCCGUAUCAGAUCCUCCAUGAGUGCCUUAAAAGAAACCAUGGAAUGGGUGACACAUCCAUCAAGUUUGAAGUGGUUCCUGGGAAAAACCAGAAGAGUGAAUAUGUCAUGGCAUGCGGGAAGCACACAGUGCGCGGGUGGUGUAAGAAUAAACGAGUUGGGAAACAAUUAGCCUCUCAGAAAAUCCUUCAGCUGCUGCAUCCACAUGUCAAGAACUGGGGAUCCUUACUGCGCAUGUAUGGCCGCGAGAGCAGCAAAAUGGUGAAGCAGGAGACCUCUGACAAGAGUGUGAUAGAGCUACAGCAAUAUGCCAAGAAGAACAGGCCCAACCUUCACAUCCUGAGCAAGCUGCAAGAGGAGAUGAAGAGGCUGGCUGCAGAGCGGAUUGCCAGGGAAGCAGCAGCACAUGGGAGUCUACCCUGGCAUUCUGAGGAGACCCUCCUGGCCUGGCCCAACCCAGCCCGCUCCCUGUACCUUCCCUCCUAGCCAGGAGGAGACUCGGAAGAAGCCCAAGAUGUCAAUUGUAGCAUCUGCCCAGCCUGGUGGUGAGCCCUUGUGCACAGUGGAUGUAUGAGGUAGGCGGCUUGGGCCAACAGUGCUACCCAGGAGACUACCAGCCACACGUCACUGCAGCACCAGGCCUCCAACCUAAGUUCCUUCCUGUGGCAGUGUCUGGGCUCUGCUCUGGCACGUGGGGACAGCUGUGACCACACAGCACACAUGCAAAGAAGCAGUUCUUCUGGAAGAUGCUCUCAGUGUGACUUGACAUAUUUAAGAAUCAGCUAUAAGUAACUGCACAAGUGGAAGCUGAUAGACAGCUGUAGAUCCUGCUUGUACGUAUCUGCUGCUGAUUGUUUUUAUGAAGGUUUUCAUGAAUUUUAGUACACUAUAUGCACUGACAAGAAGUGAUACUUGGUUGAUAGAUGAGAUGACCAGGUUUUAUAGCUUUGGCUGGCCUAUGAUGCCAGGUAGUCCCUUUGCCCAUGGUUCCUUCUGGUGGAGCCAGUGAGACCUGGUCAGAAGGUGCAGGUAUCCUGUUCUGUAGUUAUUACCUGCUUUGUCUGUUCCCCAUUUUCCUCUGAAAAAGUUAUAACAGAAAGGAUUAUUUCAGGCUAUUUUGGCUUAAAAUAAACAAAAUUUUAGCACCAGAACUACUUUUCAGAGAUUGCAGUGAAGAUACUGAACUGUCAAGAUACUGAGUGUUAAUCCGGUUGGCUCUUGGGUUGCAGUCUACAUUUUUGAUGUCUUAAUGCCCUCACAGCUGUCUUCUGGAUACCUAAGCUACCACCUUUGAUGAAUUCUAACAAGAGUUUUUUACAAAGAUUUUUGCACAAUCAAGUCCAUCUGUUUAUCAAUUUUUAAAGCUUUUAUGAUGUUUUAGAAUUUGGAAAAACUUUUACAGUGAAAAUGGAAGAUAGAUUUAGAAUCAUGUGUUUCUAAUAGAUGGACUUGUAUAAAUAGGAAACAGGGCCUUCAGUGCAGUCCAUCACUGACCAAGAGCUGGCAUUGCAUGUGACAACUAGUUAUGGCUUCUCUGGAUCUCAAGCAUGGCUGCUCUGUGCAGCUAGGCCUGCUGGCAGGUUUAGUUUUUUUGUCCACCUAUGCUCAUUAUGUAGCCCUUUGAAAUGGGUAUUAAGUAGAGGUGUAUUGAGAGCCUGAGUCUUGGUCAGUGUUGGCCUAUCCCAAUACUUGUUCAAAGGGGCUAUACUCAAGUUCUCAGGUGUGUCUCUCAUCUGUACCUGAAGAUACAUGGAUUGCAUGUGUUGUCAGAAAGACAGGACAACAGCUAUGGGUAUCCCAACACUAUAUUCCUCCCUAAUCACCUGUGUGACAGCAGUUAAUUUCUGUGUUAAUCUUGGCAAAUUGGCAAAAAGAACCCUUCAAAUCAAGUUGCUAGAAUUGGACACUUGAUUCCUUCUUUCUUGCCUUCCAUUCACAGUUGUGAUUGGGCUUUUGACUGCCCUUCAAACAGAUUUGCCUUUGAGAAAGCCUUGAACACAUGGUCAUGGUGAUCUUUUUAUAGCCCCCUGGCCCAGCCAAUAUCAACAACAGGUGCUGCCACACACUCUUGGCCUCCAGUGCCCUCCCUGUCUCUUACAGGUGGGUGAGUCUUAAAUGCACAGCCAUGCUACAAUGCUGGGAGCCUGUGUGGAUGCUGGCCAUGGCUGUAGGACACACCCUGAUGGUCUGAACACAUAAAACUGUCCAAAAGGGAA